AUGCACAUCCUGGUAGUCAACGAUGAUGGUCCGCCAAGCACCAAGCUCUCACCAUACCUUCGACCGCUGAUCAACACCCUCGAAGCAAACGGCCACCAAGUCUCCGUAGCAAUCCCCGCAGCCUCACGCUCCUGGAUCGGCAAAGCCCACCUAAUCGAGGCCUCCCUAACAGCCAGCUACGUCCACCCAGACGCCUUCCACGCCGACGGCAGCUGGGACACGAGUUUCGAAUCCCCAGACCCGGAAAAUGACUGGGUGGUGAUCCGCAACGGCACACCAGCCAGUUGCGCGCAACUAGGUCUAUACAAUCUGUUCAGCGAGCGCGCACCCAUCGACCUCGUCAUCUCGGGCCCGAAUCACGGCCGUAAUGCCUCCACCAUCUACAACCUGUCCUCGGGGACGGUAGGCGGUGCGUUGGAGGCUGUGUUCUGUGGGAAGCGCAGUAUUGCCAUCUCGUUUGGUAGCAAGGACCCGCAGGCCGAUGAUGUUAUUGCCGCCGCGGCGAGACUGGCUGUUAGGGUUGUGCGGCAUCUUUAUGAGAAUUGGGAUGACCGGGUCGAGCUUUAUAAUAUCAAUAUUCCCAUGUGUCUUGAUGUUGAGGAGAGGCCGGUAUUGUAUACGCGCACGUUGCCGUAUUAUUGGUCCAGGGGGUGUUUGUAUGCUGAACAGGGGACGGGGAAGAAGGUUAAUGGUGUGAAUGGUGUGAAUGGUGUUCAUGUCAAUGGCGAGACGAAUGGCACGAAUGGCACGAAUGGCACGGCUGUUAAUGGACAUACCCCUGCGUCUUCCAGGCAGCGUCAGUUUAAGUGGUCUGCUGAUUUGUCGGAUAUGAAGAAGACGUUGCAGGAGAGUGAGGUGGGCACUGAUGCUCAUACUGUGCUCAAUGGGUCGACUAGUGUGACUGCCCUCCGAGCCAAUUUCUGGCAUGUUCCCGGUCUUGAAGGACCGCUGAACCUUGAUUGUUGA